AUGGCGACGUUGCUAAUCUGGAACAACCAAAAUGGGGCCCUUGCCAUCAAUCGCGACAAUUUGCGGGACGUCAUCAACCAAAGCCUCCAGAACUACAUUCCAAGCGUCUGCUUACAAGUAGAAGCCCGCUGCGAGCAAGAGGGGUUCAGCUGCAGCAUGAGUUCCAACGUUCGUCCUGGCGGUCAACCCAAUUUGAGUGAGGUAACGGGCGAGACGGUAUUAUCCUACAGCUAUAGUAACCAGAGCCACGAUGGGGCGGGCAUCAACGACAACUUGGGCUCGUUCACCAUUGGUACAACCUACAACAUGGACAUCCAGUUCACCAACAUCAAUGGCAGUGCCUCUAUCGUCGUUACCCAGCAUUUAGUAAUCAGCUAUGACAUGGCAAUAUUCCAGACCGCGACCAGUGGAAAUGCGGUUGACAAAACCAUUGUUGACACUUACACCCUUACCGUUGCUGAGAAUGGCAUCCUGGGCGCCAGUGUGGACCCUAUGAUUACGGAUAAUUCCACUGCGCCUGAUGAUCUCAUUCAGAAUUUCUUCACUGAUUCCGAUGGGUUUAUCGAGGAACUUCGAAGCGGGGGCGACGCUCUUCAGUCAACAGCGCUAAGCGUUCCUCUGUCCAACACGGCAGCAUACAGCUUCCCAGGCGGACAAACCUCUACUUUCAAGAGUGUCCAAUUCUCAGACAAUCAGGACCUAGUUGCUUCUGUAGCAUAG